ACUGCCACCACAUAGUAGGGACUUGCCUCGAUAAAUUAUUGAUGCUAUAUAAAGCGUCAGCGAUGCCUCCACAUCAUCAAAUUAUCAUCGUAGAUGCACCGUUCUUGCAAGUUGCUCAUGUGCAAGAAGCAUCGAGCAACAAUGAGCAAGAGUUCGGUUGAAUGGGCUGAAUUUGUUGGUGUUUGUUCCACCUGGUUUUUUUGAAGUUUCGUCACCAAGACUUUGGUUGCAUCCGUGUUGUGUUGCUCUAUGGCGUCGCCGACAUUUUCCUCUACAAAAGAUGGCGAAUUCAUUGACCCAUCGCCGUCAUCCAUGCCGCAGGCACCAAAGUCGUCUUACACGGCUGCCCUUGCUCCUCUGACUAGCGUUUUCAGUCGCUUUUCACACUGGCGGAAGUCAUUGGACCUCCCGAACCCGGGCACAGUCGAGAACUUGCAGAAGGAAGUCAAAUCGACUCACCUGACCAACUUCAUGUUCGAUGGUGCUAGAGCUGAUCUCACCAAGAGUUUGUCAAUGAACCCGGCGUUCCAAGUUACACACUCUUUCGUUCUCGGUUCGCAAGUCUCAGCACCAUCAUAUAACUUUGGCGCUGUCUUCGCCAACAACGACAUUUUCCUUCAAGGCAGCGUCGACCAUGAGGGUAAUGUGAGCGCACGUAUGAAUCAAGGGUGGGCAGAAAACUCUAUCACGAAGAUCCAAACGCAGCUUUCAUCACAAGCUGGCCAUAGCAUGAUCCAACUAGAGCACGACUACCAGGGUCAAGAUUACUCCUUGAACGCAAAAGCUGUCAAUCCGUGGCCUACCGACCUCACCGGCAUAUACAUAGGAAAUUACUUCCAGUCUGUGAUGAGAAACCUUGCAUUGGGCGUGGAGACACUUUAUCAACGGCCAACCCCUGAUAUGUCCGAGUUCACAACGUCGUAUCUAGCCAAGCUGACGAGCGAUGACAAAAACUGGAUUGCAACCGCACAAGUUCAACCAGCGGGCAUUCUACAGGCUACGUACUGGCAGAAGCUCCACGAGAAAGUGGAGGUUGCGGCUGAUCUUCAGGUCAUGGCAUCUCCUCAACGAAGAGAUGCCAUCGCAACUCUCGGUGCAAAAUACGACCUCCGGAUGGCUACCUUCAGAGCACAGUUGGACUCGACGGGCAAAGUUUCUGCUCUACUCGAACAACGUUUUGCCCCAACUUUCGCGUUCCUGGUGGCGGGUGAGAUUGAUCACUUCAAGAAUGCCGCCAAGGUUGGCGUGGGUGUGAUGAUCGAGAGCACUAACUUGACCCCAGAAGAGAUGGGGAUGCCACCUCAACACUGAAUUAAUUACACUUAGACCAUAAUUACAGACACUAUUGUCGGCAUACAUCUCUUCUCAUGAUUUUCUGCAGUACCAUUGUGGUCGUCAGCUGUUCUCGAGUCCGGCUGUACCUGCGUGUCCGCAGGAACAAGCAUUG